CUUUUACAGUGCAGGACAGGACUGUAACACGAGUCAAGCAUAUAAUAUCAUCAUUUGUAUCCUAGAAUAUUUCAUUUAAAGUAAAAUAUUGAAGGAAAACAUGACAUCAAAAUAUCUUUUUUUGGGGGGGGGGUUGUAAUAAUUGGUCACCUUCAUUUGCCAUCUGCAUCCGCGCGCAAAGGGAGACACCUGACGUCUCCAUCACGUGCGCACGCCUCCAAGUGUGGCUGCAAAAUCAAAGUGUUGGUUGAAAAAAAAAAAAAAAAAGCCCAAUGCAUGUUACCGACAGUCACACAGCCACAGAGCGUUGGUGGAAAUGUAGUAAGUGAGAGGUUCAUCUGUGAGAGCUUCCCACAUCCACAGUCUGCUGCGCGUAAUGGCACCGAGCGCUCCUCCUGCUGCUGCUGCUGCUGGACGAGAUGACCGGAUAACUUUUAACUCUGCACGGAUGAUGCUUCACCUCGAUGGCAUCUGAUGAAUUCUUCACUGGGAAACAGUAACAGGUCUGCCAAACAUCUCACCUCCCAUGUCACCGGGACGUCUCCAUGGCGAUGUUUAGCAGCGCAGAGCGGGUCUGGAACGAAUCAGACCGCUUCGGAUGGGACUCGGAGAGGAAUGAGAGCUCAGAGGCACCGGGGCAGGAUGAGCGUAACUACUACGCCAUGCUCUACUCCCUGCUCAUCCUGGCCAUCGUGUUUGGAAACGUGCUGGUGUGUCUGGCUGUGCUGAGGGAGCGCUCUCUCCAGACGACUACCAACUACCUGGUGGUCAGCCUGGCGGUGGCCGACCUGCUGGUGGCCUCGUUGGUCAUGCCCUGGGCUGUGUACCUGGAGGUGGUCGGCGGCGCCUGGCUUUUCAGCCGGCUCUACUGUAACGUCUUCGUCACGCUAGAUGUGAUGAUGUGCACCGCCAGUAUCCUCAACCUGUGUGCUAUCAGCAUUGACAGGUAUACAGCAGUGGUGAUGCCCGUCUUAUACAACACCACCCAUCGCUCCAGGAAGAGAGUCUUUAUGAUGAUUAGCACCGUGUGGGUCCUGGCUUUCACCGUCUCCUGUCCGCUGCUGUUUGGUUUCAACACCACAGAUGACCCCCUGGUGUGCUCCAUCUCCAACCCGGAUUUUGUGAUCUACUCCUCGGUGGUGUCCUUCUACCUGCCGUUUAUUGUCACUCUGCUGGUCUACAUCCGGAUCUACGUCUUCCUCCGGAUGAGGAGGAAGAGGAUCACCUUCGGCCAGGUCAGCGGGAAGGUGCAGCCAGGCUCGACUCCGCCGUCUGUGGAGACCUGUCUACAAGAGGAGACUCCCAAGGCGAAGCAAGACCUGUCACCUAUACGGAUUAAAGUGCAGAGUGUAGAGCCUUCAGUUCCCUCCAAGCCCAACCUGCUGUCAGGAUGCCUGUGGCGCAAACGCCCAAAGACGGGACCCGUGGAGAACUCCAUGCUUCCCCCGGUGGACACGCACAACUGUUGCAGCAUCAGCCACGCCUCCUGCGGUCGCACCGAGCUGGAUCUGGAGCAGGGGCGUGGCGGGGAGGAGGCGGAAGAGGACAACCAGGACGAAGGGCCUCCCGUCAGGAUGAGCUGCGAGGUGAAGGAUCUGUCCAACGGACGAACACACACGUCACUGCGGUUGAUGGCUCAUUCUCAUAUCAACACGCCACGAUUCAGGAGCAUGCAUGCACGGGAGAAAAAGGCCACUCAGAUGCUGGCCAUUGUGCUCGCGGUGUUUCUCAUCUGCUGGCUGCCUUUCUUUGUGACUCACAUUGUGAACACCCACUGCAGGACAUGCUACGUGCCUCCUGGGCUUUACAGUGCUUUCACCUGGCUGGGUUAUGUCAACAGUGCCCUCAACCCUAUUAUCUACACCACCUUCAACAUCGAGUUCAGACGGGCCUUCAUCAAGAUCCUCAGCUGCUGAAGAAAACAGCUCGCCAGGACUAUUAAAAUGGAAAUCAGGCUGUGCACUUGUGCUACAACUCAAGCGUGGAUGCAACACAGAUGACCACAGAUGCACGCUGGUCAUGGUCCAGAUGAGCAAAGAUGUCCUACAGGAGUUACACAGUAGCAGCAAGGCAAGGCAUCAAAAAACAACAGACGCUGUGGUACGGUAUGCAAUAAAGUAUUUUUACUUCAAAACACUUUUUUUCUCACCAGGGUUGGAACAUUUGAACAGUAUUACUCCUCAAAUAAGACUUUUGCACACGGUCUGAUUGAUAGCACAAGGUGUUGGACUUUCUUGUGGAUAUGUCUUGUACAGUAAGCUCUUUGGCAGAGGACGUUCCAAUCGAUGUAAGUUUGGAUGCUCUUUGGACCCAAGAUGAAGCCUUGAGGCUGAUAAAUUGAUCGUUUAGAGCUGAGGCCCGUCGCCACUGCACUGUGUGGAUUAACUGAUGCAACUCACCUCCCCGCUCACCCCUUACUUCACCAUCAUCACCAUCAGUUACUCUCCAGUGCAUGCACACAUCAAAUUUCAAAGGCGUUCACUUGAAUUGUGCAAGAAGGAUUGUAUUGAUCCCUGCCAAGACUCACAUCAUCAUUUUGAAGAUUGUCCUAUAUAUUGAUGUGGAAGCAUUGUGCUCAACGUGGAUUCAUUAGAAUAAAAAAAAAAAUGAGAUUUUGAUGUAAUGCACAGUGGAAACAUUUUCAGUGUUUUUUUUGUUUUUUUUUUUAAAGGAACUGUCUGGUGAGUUGCCUGCUGGCUGUUCUGAUGCGCUGAUGAAAGCAGGAGCUUUGUGAUCUUAACAAAUCAAGCAGGAUUGUAAACUGCGUGGUGGGCAGGUCUGUCAUGGACAGAGCAUUUACUGCAGUGCGUUGUAAAUAAAAGAAAUGAUGAAAUGUU